AUGCAGGUUUACCUAGAAGUGACCUACCGAUGGAAUGCCACCGCCUUCGUCAGCGUUAUGUGCGGCGGCAGCAUCAUAUCACCAAGCUUCAUACUGACUGCAGCACACUGUGUUCAUUACAUGAACACUGUUCCUGUUUUUGCGCGGGCCUUUUACAACACCACAAAAGCUAGUGAUGGCCCGAACGUGUGGGUUGAAGAUAUGAUUCAUCAUCCAAUGUUUAAGUGGACGACGCUAUCGGACGAUAUCGCCCUCAUCAAAGUGGAGAAACCUCUGAGUUUUGACGACCAUGUGCGGCCAGUUUGCCUGCCUAAUAAACGGAUCCACCUGGACGGAAAACGAGCCAUGGUUUCUGGCUGGGGCCUUACAACAGAAAGCAAGUAA